GGCGAGCGCAGCGCCAACCGACCGCGGGGUGAAGGGAGCCGGCCGGGCUGCGACGGCGGGGACAGCACUGCUGUGACAGUGAUGGACCACGGCCACCCGGCGCAGUGACGGUGCGUGAGCAGGACGCCUCCGUGCUGUGACACUGGGUGACCAAAACCGGCCCAGGCUGUGACACUGGGUGAGCAGAGCCAUCCGAUGCUGUGACACUGGGUUAUCAAAGCCACCCUGCUGACACUGGGUGACCAAAGCUGCUCUGUGCUACACCUGCUUGAGCUGGGACAGCCCCGCUGUGACACUGGGUGACCAAGGCCACCCCAGGCAGUGACACUGGGUGACCAAGGCCAUCCGAUGCUGUGACACUGGGUUAUCAAAGCCACCCCAGUGGCAUUGGGUGACCAAAGCCGCACUGUGCUGCGACUGCUUGACCAGGAGCAGCCCUGCUGUGACACUGGUUGACAACAGCCAUUCCAGGCAGUGACAUCGGCCGACCAGGACACCUCCAAGCAGUGACACUGAGGUGACCGAGGCUCUUUCAGUGCUGUGACAUCGGGUGACCAAAGCCCCGUGCCAUGCUGCACUGCCACAUGCUGUGACCCCACUGCCCACCCCAAUCCCCCCCACACUUGGUGCCAUGGCGGUGCUGGUGAUGCUGGCCAUGCUGGUGAUGCUGGCGGUGCUGGCGGUGCCGGUGGCCGGGAGCUGCCCCACGCGCUGCGUCUGCGCCUCCAACAUCCUCAGCUGCUCCCAGGCCGCCCUGAGCUCCGUGCCCGCCCCGCUGCCGCGCUUCACCGCCGUGCUGGACCUCAGCCACAACAACAUCAGCCGCCUGCGUGCCGACUGGGCGCCGGGCCGCCUGGCCCACCUGCACGCGCUGCUGCUGGCGCACAACGGCUUGGCCUUCGUCUCCACCGAGGCUUUCACCCACGUCCCUCACCUCCGCCACCUGGACCUGUCCUCCAACCGCCUGCGCACGCUGGAGGAGAACCUCUUCAGCGACCUCCCCGAGCUGGAGGUGCUGCUGCUCUACAACAACGAGAUCUCCGCCGUCGACCGCUCCGCCUUCGACAACCUGAGCCGCCUCCGCAAGCUCUACCUGGGCCGGAACCACAUCGCCCGCUUCCCUCUGGAGCUGCUCCGCGACGGCAGCCGCCCGGCUCAGCUCUCCCUGCUCGACCUCUCCUCCAACCGCCUGCGUUCGCUGCCGGCCGCCGAGCUGCAGGCGUUGCCCGCGUGGCUGCGCGACCGCCUCUACCUGCACGGCAACCCGCUGGGCUGCGACUGCCCGCUCUUCCAGCUGCUGGCCCGCGGGCGCCACCGCCGGCUGAGCGCCGUGAUGGACUUCCAGGAGGAGCUGCGAUGCCAGCUGCCGGCGGCGCCGAACCGAGCGCCGGUGGCCAUUCUGGAACUGGGAUCCCGAGAGCUGCUCAACUGCAGCGAGGCGAAAGAAGCCGUGCUGGAGGCGUACCUGGGGGACAGCGUCACGUUGGGCUGCGACAGCCGCCUGCGGGCGGCGCACGGCCGCCACUGGGUGACACCGGGGGGGGACAGAGUGACGGAGGAGGGCGGCAACGGCAGCGCGGCCGUGCUGGCCAACGGCAGCCUGCAGCUGCGGGCGCUGAGGCCGGAGGACGGCGGGACGUACGCGUGUCGGGUGUCGGGUCCGGCUUUUAACGAGACGCUCUACGUGGAGCUGCUGGUGCACAACUUCACCCUGCACGGCCCCCACGACGGCCUCAACACCGCCUACACCACGCUGGUGGGCUGCAUCCUCAGCGUGGUGCUGGUGCUCAUCUAUCUGUACCUCACCCCGUGCCGCUGCUGCUGCCGCGCCGCCGCCGAAAAGCCGCCCGCCCCCCCCCGAGACGACAGCCUCAACUCCUCCGUGCUCAGCGCCACCCCCAACCACGCCGUCGGGGAGCCUCCGCCCCCCUCGAGGCCCCGCAUUGCCGGGCACCGCGCCGCCCCGGGGGGGCAGAACGGGAGGUACAAAGCCGGGGGGAGCCCGCCGAUGGCGGCGGUGGUGGGGGGAGCACCGAGGGAGGGACCCCGGGCGCAGAGGAAGGUGUCGGAUCCGGACUCGGUCAGCUCGGUGUUCUCCGACACCCCCAUCGUGGUGUAG